AUGCACGAAUUUACGAAAAUUGAGAAGACAAUGUUGCCUACCGGGUCACGCCGUUACCAGAUCCAGAAAACCCUCAGCCUCUCAUCCCAGUUGGAAGAUUCCAAGCACAAACAGAUUUCAAAAUGCCCUGCAUGUGCCAUGUUCCAGAAAUCGAGGCUGUGGUUGAAGGCUAGCGACGUUCUGAACCAGACUUAUGCAGGAAAGUCGCGCUCAUCAUCCUUCUACGUCCUAAAUAUGGGCGGACUCCUACUUGUAUUGUCCAUUGUUGGAGGCACACUCCGAUUUAUGGUUAUAUCAGUGACACUGGUAUCAUGGCUUCAAACACAGUGGUUGGCGUAUACCUCAUUCCUGAAAAAGCGGCACACUGCGAGACUAGCAGCAGCAGCAGAGAAAGAUCGAAGUCGACAAAGAAAGCAAAUAGCUGAUAUCACAGAGGCAGUCGGAGAAAAUAUGAUUUCACUACUGGAUAAAAGAAGACAAGAGCUGAAGCUCAAAUUGGAUCACGAGGCAGAGAUGAAAAGACGCAAUUACCAACAAGACAUUGUAACAAGGAUUACGGGGCAUUUGGCGGAUUUUCAGGAGAGCGAGCGAGUCAAAGAUGAGCAACGGCUCAAAGUUCGAGAGGACGGAAUAUCCCGAAAGGAAAGAGAACUCAAGGCUAGGGAAGAAUCGCUAAACGCACUACAAAAGAGACUAGAAGACAGCGAACGAAAGUUACGAGUACGACAGAAAAGUCUGAAAGAACGAGAGAAGGAUAUAGAAGACGAGGAACGAGACCUAGAAGCAAAACAGAAGAAUCUCGAAGAUCGAGAGAAAAAAGCAAAAGCGACAGAGGAUAAGGUUCAAAAGCUGCAGCUCAAACAAGAGGAACUUAAGAUACAACAUCGAGUGGUAAACCAACGGACAACAGCAAUAACCACUCCUAAUUCAAACAUUUCCUCUCCUACUUCCUUGCCGAAUAAUUCUGUCAAUCUUCCUUCUGAUCUAAUGCAAUACGCUGAGGAUCUAAAUUCAUUCCACUUCACAUGCAUCGGGAUCACGAAAAGGGGUACACGCUGUGGUCAAAGUAUGAUUUCCAGCGCCGAUAAAUCCGCUGCUUCCAGACGUAUAGCGAAGAUGAAAUCGCCUGACCCCGGAGAUUGCACAACUCUCUAUGAAAUAAAUGCUCUACGAGAACUGGCUGAUUGGAUGCUUUGUCCGCGUUGGCAUCGCGAUAAACUCCCACAGGGUGCUGAGAUUGCGAGAAGAUGGUAUGGCCAGUUACGUGAUGCGAGAGAGGUCAAGGCCAAGGCAGUGAACACUUGGAAAACACCUUCUUCGGCGGGAGUACCAAGUCUCUUUGGCAGUACUGGUACUCGAAAUAACAGUACUGGAACAACAGCUAGCAGCUUUGGGUCGUCGGUGCAGUCAAUGUCGGCGUCUUAUACAGGCUCGGACUUUCAAUUUACGAGUCCGCAAGGUGCAGCAACAGCUGCCAUUUCGAGACAGUCACUAUUCGGACAUUCUGCUGCGCAGCAUCUUACUCCUGUGUUUGAGUUUAUGGCUGAGCAUCCUUCAGUUACGAAGAAGGGGUUUGGUCAAUGGGAGUGA